GAGCCUACAAAGAGAAUAAAAUAGGGAACCUUGUUUCCUUAUUUUAUUUUGAAAUAGCAUCUUUUUCUUAUAUCAGCACUCAGUUUUGUAGCAAUUCUUCUGACUUUAGAGCUUAUAUAUUUGCUGAUUUUUUUUUAAUUCCCCCCUGGUGGGGAGGAAGACAGUAGGAAGUAGGUAUUAGUAGAAGGAAUAGAUUUAGUUAGGAUUUAAAGGAUUGAUUGUAAUUCGAGAAGUUGAAAACCAAAGUUGGCUCUUUACUACUGGUCUUAUUGUAUCAGUAUAUAAUAACACGAUUAUUAUAGAGGAAGAGUUGCGGAAGUGCUCCUGCAAAGAGACUUGCUUUCUCCCAGGUUUAGGGGCUGUACUGUGUGUCCUUCUGUUUCCCACCCUCCCCCUAGCCCCUCUCUCUUCCUAUCCCUCUUUCCCUCACUCCCUCUCUCGUUGCCGCCUCUGCAAGGCUUCCUUUAGCCCUCCCCUCUGCUGGUUGCUAUGGUGUCCAAGCUUUACUUGCUCUGGGCAGUGGCAGUUGCUGCACUGGCGCUGCUGAGCCGGCUGGCGAUAGCCGUAGGUCCGGUGGUCCGCUGCGAGCCAUGCGACACGCGGGCUCUGGAGCAGUGCAAGCCUCUGGUGCCUGACUGCGCUGAGCUGGUGCGCGAGCCCGGCUGCGGAUGCUGUCUGACCUGCGCCCUGCAAGAGGGCAACUCGUGCGGCGUAUACACGGAGCGCUGCGGGGCAGGUCUCAGCUGCCAACCCCAGCCGGGAGAGCCCAGACCCUUGCAGGCGCUCUUAGAUGGCCGGGGCCUCUGUACCAACGUGACGGCCAGCAAGCUGAAGACGUUCCUGAUGCAAGGACCGCAUGCCACAGGAAAUGCCAGUGAUGAAGAAGAAGACCGAAAUACCAGCAGCAUGGAGAACCAAGCAAUCCCCAGUGUACCCCGGGUACCUGAUUCCAAAUUCCAUUCACACCACACCAAACUAGACAUCAUCAGGAAGGGACAAGCCAAAGACACUCAACGCUACAAAUUGGAGGAGUAUGACUCACAAAGCACAGAUACACAGAACUUCUCUUCUGAAUCCAAACAGGAGACUGAAUAUGGUCCUUGCCGCAGAGAAAUGGAAGACACCCUGAACCACCUGAAGUUUUUGAAUGUCCUGAGCCCAAGAGGGAUUCAUAUUCCAAACUGUGACAAAAAGGGAUUUUAUAAGAAGAAGCAAUGCCGUCCAUCCAAAGGAAGAAAGAGAGGUUUCUGCUGGUGCGUGGAUAAAUACGGACAGCCACUCCCUGGAUAUGAUGCCAAAGGGAAAGGAGAUGCCCACUGCUACAACUUGGAGAACAAAUAAGUGCCAGAUGCCAACUCCUAUGGAAUCUCUGUAUGGUCACAGAAUUCACCCAUCAGAGACCUUUGGAGUGGUUGGGAGAAGGCAUGGACCACAUUGGAGUUUCAAGUUCUGCCUUCUCUUAUUGAUUUAGGGGAUUUCUUUUUAGACUCUGUGGACACUGCAGCUGUGCCCUGCCAUUGCUCCUGCCUUCCUCCUUGCCUUCUCUACAACACCGAGGGAGGUCUGAAUUCCCAUGUAAAUCUGCACUAUUGAUCCCCAGAGACAGAGAAAAAGGCACUUCAGAAAAAAUUCAGGGAGUCUCCACUGACUUUAAAAAAAAACAACAACAAAAAACGGCCUGUGACCCAUUUGAUCCCAAAAGAUACUGUGUGUUAUUUUAAAGAAUUUAUAGAGUGUACACUUUUUAAGAUAUAAAAAAGAAAAAAAAACCAAGGAAUUUAAAAUUUUAAGUUUUUCUUUAAACAGGUCUUAUGGGACAAAAAGUCUUCACGGGUAAAAUGUUUUAUAAAAAAAUCUCAAAGAACUUUUUAAAGAAUCAUGUUUCUAAAAUAAAGACAUGGCUAUUUUUCUCUGUAAAAUAUAUUAUGAAUAUUCUGUUAGUUUGUAUUUAAUAUAAUUUUUUAAAUAAACUUUAUUUAAAUGUAACAUGUGAAUAUGAAAUGUUACACCAUCAUUUUGAAGUAUGCCGUUGAAUCUGUGCAAGUUUAAAUAGGAAAGAAAAAAACGAUCAUAAUAGUGAUAACCAUCUCCUUCCAAGAUAAAUUUAUCAAGUGGAAGAAAAAAAUUUUAAUUAAAAUUUGUUUUGUUUUCUGGAGGGAAAAAAACCUUCAAACCAUGAGGCUUUUGACCAUGAAAUCUAGACAAAUUAUCUUCCACAAUUUCUUUUCUUUCAUUAAGAUGAUAUUUUAUCCCACAAUGUACAUUCACCACAUAAUUUGACUUCAGUAUGCCUUAUGUUUGUAUAACCAAGGGCAAAAUGGAGCCUUUGAGGGUUUUUUUUUCAAUUUUAUGUCAAUGUAUAUCUUUUUUCUUCUUGUUUUAGUUAAUGUGGAGCUCAAUUUCGCCUUAUUUUGCACAAGUGACUGCCACUGCCAUCUGUAAUGUGCAUGGAUCAGCUGCAGGCUACAGCCUUGAUUUUCAUUUCUUGCCGUGGUGAAUUGAUUUUUUAACCAAAGUUUAGAAAGAGGUUUUUGGAAUGCCUGACUAUUGCAAAUAGGAAGCUGAGUGUAUUUCCACUUUCCAGUAGUUAAUGAAAAGCAAUUUGAUUGUCCUUGUUGCUUCAUAUAAAGAAAAUGUCGUAAGCAUCAGCCAAAUGUUGCCAUGACUCAUAGCCUAUGGUACACUGCAUAUUCACUGAACUGAUUCUCUGACUUUGCUCGUUAUUUUUAAACAAUUUUGAAUGGUGUGGGUUGAAUGGAAUCCAUACCGGCAUUUUCAUGCUUUGUAAAAUGAAAGUGGACCUCACCAGGAAGAGACAAAAACAUAUUUAACUCUCUUUUUCUUGAAAUGCUGACGCACUCCUGUAAUGGGUAGCAUGAUGCCUUCUGUGACUGCCGCCUCUGAAACAAGGGGAUGGUUUCAUGUAAGGAAGAAGCCAAUUUUUCAUGUUUUUGAAAUCAUGUGGACUGUUUUGUGAAGCCUUGAGGAAAUAUGCUAGAAUUUUAUCUGGAAAGAAGGAGAGGGAUACUUUGAGAAGCAAGUUGUGGACUCUUGUUAGCAGGCAAUCCAGACUUUUUUCCCCUCGUUUUUGAGUUCUAAUGAAGUUAACCUCAGUGUAGAACUCUUAAGCAUUUCUAUGGUGCUCCCAGGUCAGAUGACUCCAAAAGAACAAGGAGUAAAAUGAGGCUCUGGCCUUCAACUUGAGAAACAAUAAUCAUCCUUCUGCUGCUUAUAUAGUACUAUGUGCAAACCCAACAACUUUAAAAACCAACCUUCUUGUUGGGAAUAAGUUUUCUUCAGCCAAUAUUUUUUUUUUCUUAAUUACCAUUUCCCUCCUCUAAAACAAUGUAAAAAUAGCAAAACAAAGGAUAACCAAACAGUGGAGACUCAUCAGUAACACAGUAUAUAGCAGUACAUAGAGAAUCAUCUGUAUUUUUAAAGUUUGAAAUCUUUUUUAUAACAUACAAAUAUAUGCAGAGAAGGAACAUUUAUAAUGAAUUUUGAGCAUAUUAUAUUCCAUAUAGUCAAAAUAAGUGUAAUAGAAACAUAUGCUAGAUAACACUAGAUAAUGUGCUAGAAAUACUAGAUAAUAUAAAUAUAUAGACAAUUGAUUAAAGGAUUCUAUAUAUUAAGGAACAGACCUGCUCUAUUUUUAGAGGCCAAUCUCAUUUCCAUUAGAAUAUUGACAGCUCGAAUCAAAUGGUUUCUGAUGGACGAAGCAAUUGGAGUCAUGGAUACCUUAUGUUGAUUUGAUUCCCAAAUAUGUGUAGUGUACUGCCUUUGCACCUCAAAUGGAUUUCUCUUGGGAGGAAAUAAAUUCGUGAUUAACCAGCA